CGUCCCAGCGGGCUACGCGAAAUCGUCUACGCUAUUCUCCUAACCCUCUUCCCUCGCUUGGGAGGGCUAGCGAGGGUUGCGAUUGGUGGGAAGUCAAGGCGGCACGUGACCGCGGGCGGGAGGCCGGGCUGGAAGGCAGGACCACUUCGGAGUGCGUGCAGCUGCGGACCGCUCCCAUGGCUGAUGAGGAUUGGGACACGGAGAUCAGCGAUCAAGGAAGCGGUGACACCGACAGCGGCUUGUCCGCCGUCCAGAAACUGGGCAGCUUUCCUGCAGGAACUAUCGAAACCUCAUGCAAUUUCAGCCAGAAUAUAAAGCCAGCAGAGGCUUCUUAUAGGUCAGGUCUUGGUGGAAAGCCAAAUGGCGAAGACAAACCAACAGGUGGAUUUGAAAGUGGAAGGACUUUUGAAAACAGAGGAAAUAGGUUCGAAGGAAGAAAAUGUUCAGGUUUUGUGAGAGGUUUUCAAGGAAUGAGUGAUAGUGGUGGUCCUCGUUGGGGUGGAAGAGGAUCAGUCAGAGGUAGAGGAGGAUUUGGAGCAUUUACAAAUGAUGAAAAUGAGACACACAAUGGAAGAUACAAUUCUGGAGGCUUUGGUUUUAAAAGAGGAGGAUUUAGUGCUGCGGGUGACUUUGGAAAUAGAGGAAGAGGAUCUGGAGGCAGAGGGGGCUACAGAGGAAGCAAUGAAGAAAUAAUUGGUGUUUCUGAAAGAAGUACAUGGAAAUCAAAUGGUGACACAGGAGGGGGUGAUUGUACAGGUCCAAAGGUGACAUAUGUACCACCACCACCACCAAACAGUGAAGAUGCCAUAUUCGCACAUUACCAAACUGGUAUAAACUUUGACAAAUAUGAUAACAUUCUUGUUGAAGUUUCGGGACUUGAUCCUCCACCAGCAAUAAUGGCUUUUGAAGAAGCUAACCUGUGUCAAACAUUAAUCAAGAACAUUGCUAAAGCUGGAUAUUUCAAACUUACUCCAGUGCAGAAAUACAGCAUUCCUAUUGUGCUGGCAGGGCGUGAUUUAAUGGCAUGUGCCCAAACAGGAUCUGGAAAAACAGCAGCAUUUCUUCUACCAAUUUUGGCUCAUAUGAUGCGAGAUGGAGUUACUGCCAGUCAAUUCAAAGAGCAGCAAGAACCAGAAUGUAUAAUUGUAGCACCAACUAGAGAACUGGUAAACCAGAUUUUCAUGGAAUCAAGAAAAUUUGCAUAUGGAACUUGUAUAAGGCCAGUUGUGAUUUAUGGAGGCAUACAGAUGGGCCAUACAAUACAUCAGAUAAUGCAAGGUUGUAAUAUAUUGUGUGCUACACCAGGAAGGCUGUUGGAUAUCAUAGGCAGAGAAAAGAUUGGGCUGAAUAAGCUAAAAUAUUUAGUGUUAGAUGAAGCUGACCGUAUGCUAGAUAUGGGAUUUGGUCCUGAAAUGAAGAAGUUGAUUUCAUGUCCAGGCAUGCCACCAAAGGACAAACGUCAAACACUAAUGUUUAGUGCUACAUUCCCUGAAGAAAUCCAGAGGCUGGCUGGAGAAUUUUUGAAGUCAGAUUACUUAUUCGUUGUCGUUGGACAAGUGGGUGGAGCUUGCAGUGAUGUCCAGCAGACAGUACUUCAAGUGAAUCAGUAUGACAAGAGAAACAAGCUUGUUGAACUCCUUAGUGGAAUAGGUGAUAAACGGACCAUGGUGUUUGUGGAAACUAAGAAAAAAGCUGACUUCCUUGCAACCUUUCUUUGCCAAGAAAACAUAGCAACAACAAGUAUUCAUGGUGAUCGGGAACAGAGAGAACGAGAAGAAGCUCUUCACUGUUUUCGAUCUGGAAAAUGCCCUGUCCUUGUUGCUACAUCAGUAGCAGCAAGAGGACUGGAUAUUGAAAAUGUUCAGCAUGUUAUAAAUUUUGAUUUACCUUCCACGAUUGAUGACUAUGUUCAUAGAAUUGGACGAACUGGGCGUUGUGGUAAUAUAGGAAAAGCUAUUUCUUUCUUUGAUCCUUAUUCAGAUGGUCCUAUUGCACAACCUCUAGUCAAAGUGCUUGCAGAUGCUCAACAAGAAGUACCAGCAUGGCUAGAAGAAAUUGCUUGUAGUGCUGGUGGAAUUGGCUUUAGCAGUCCAAGGGGAAAUACAUUUGCAUCUGUUGAUUCGCGGAUGGUUUUCCGUGGCAAAGAGAAUCAGCACAGUGGAGGAUUUGCAGUAUCAAAUAUAAGCACAGCUGAUGAGUCAUGGGAUUAAAACUGCCUUCUAUCAUGGAACAAGGUGCCUAAUUUAACAUCCUAAAUCUUCCAAACAGGAAAAAAAACUAUUGGGGAAACUGGCAGGAUCCUAAACAUGUUUACUUCCAUCCUUGUGAUUUCAGUGAGACUUAUUUCCAAGUAAAUGUGCUUAGGUUUGUAACUUUAAAAAUGUUUAAGGAACUGUUGAUAUUAUUGCUGCCCUCAGGUUGAAGGAAGAUGGGUAGCCUAAAUACACACAAGUUAUAAUUGCUAACCUUUAUGUUUAAUUGUUGUGAAGUAACAACUUUUUGUUAAAAAGAGCUGUUGAAAAUUGUUGUAAAAAUGCUUAAUAAAAAUUUAGGCUUA